AUGUCACCCCUCCCUUCUCCCCGCCGGAACUACGCAGCCCGCCCCGGGGGCGCGCGGCGCCAAUGGUCUGUAACGGUGGCGGCGGGCGCGAGCGCCCUGCGGAGGGUCUGUGGGGGCCGCUGCCCGCCCGCGUCAGGCAGGGGAGGCAGCGCCUGCCUUCCCCCCGGGGGCGCGGGGUGCCGCUGUCCCCCCCGGCCCCCUGAGGCGACAGUCCGGCAGAGCGCUGCUAUCGGCGGCAAACGGGGCGGUCUCGGUGCCUCCUCCCCCUCGGCACCCGCGCCGCCACCCCCAGCCGUCCCGCCCGGGGCCGCGCUGACAGAUAUGGCAUAUCCGAGUUUGGAAUCGCCUUCACCUGUGUAUCCUAGGGCUGCAGAAUGGGUAGACACUUUGAGGGCUCCAGUGGAGAAAGCCCUGAGCUUCAGCUAAGAAGGGAACUCGCACAAGACUUCCCAUGGCCCCAGGAAAGAAAGUGCAUUGUAAAG